UUUACUGUGCGACUUCAACGACGUCGGUGCGUUGUUUGGGUGCUCUAACACGCUUGUUUUGCCAUUAUUGUAAAUAUUGGCUAUAUCUGGCGAAAAUUAGGGACGUUUUUGCAAGAUGUCUCUAGCGGACGAGCUGCUUGCGGAUUUGGAGGAAGCGGGCGAUGAACCGGAGGACGGGCUGUACCCCGGCGGGGACGGAGACGACAGCGACGAGGAGGGCAUGGACAGACCGGCCGAUGGACGGCUGGAGGACAUCCCGGAGGACAUGGAGCUGGACUACAGCGGUGCAGAAAACGUCACCUCCAUAGCAAAGCUGCGCAAUAGCAGAUCGUUUGCGGACAUCAUGGACAAUAUUGCGGAAUACGUGGGAAAUCCGCGCAAGAGCGCCGAUGUGUCGGGACCCGUUGAAGCGGACCCAGAGUACAGGCUCAUCGUCGCUGCCAACAACCUCACCGUGGAAAUCGAUAACGAACUGAAUAUUAUUCACAAAUUUGUCCGUGAUAAGUACUCUAAGAGAUUCCCCGAGCUGGAGUCGCUGGUGCCAAAUGCCCUAGACUACAUUAGGACAGUAAAGGAGCUGGGGAACAACCUGGACAAAUGUAAAAACAAUGAGACACUGCAGCAGAUCUUGACCAACGCCACAAUCAUGGUGGUCAGCGUGACUGCCUCCACCACACAGGGAACAUUGUUAGAUGAGGAGGAACUCCAGCGAUUGGAGGAAGCAUGUGACAUGGCUCUUGAGCUCAACCAGUCAAAACACACCAUCUAUGAGUACGUGGAAUCCCGGAUGUCGUUCAUCGCGCCUAAUCUGUCGAUCAUAGUCGGAGCGUCAACUGCUGCAAAGAUCAUGGGGGUGGCUGGAGGACUGACCAACCUGUCGAAGAUGCCCGCCUGCAACCUGAUGCUUCUGGGGGCCCAGAGGAGGACACUGUCUGGGUUCAGCAGCACGUCUCUGCUGCCUCACACCGGCUACAUCUACCACUGCGAUGUGGUGCAGUCUCUCCCUCCGGACCUGAGGAGAAAGGCUGCUCGUCUUGUCUCCGCUAAGUGCACACUGGCAGCAAGAGUGGACAGCUUUCACGAGAGUGCUGAUGGCAAGGUUGGCUAUGACCUAAAAGAGGAAAUUGAGCGCAAGUUUGAUAAGUGGCAGGAACCGCCGCCCAUCAAACAGGUGAAGCCCCUCCCAGCACCGCUCGACGCACCCAGGAAGAAGAGAGGAGGCAGGAGGUAUCGUAAGAUGAAGGAGAGGUUGGGACUCACAGAGAUCAGGAAGCAUGCAAACAGAAUGACGUUUGCAGAGAUCGAGGACGACGCGUACCAAGAGGACCUGGGCUUCAGUCUGGGUCAGCUGGGCAAGGCGGGCAGUGGGCGUGUGCGUCAGGCCCAGGUCAAUGAUGCCACCAAGGCCCGCAUCUCCAAGUCCCUGCAGAGGACACUGCAGAAACAGAGCAUGACGUACGGUGGGAAAUCCACUGUCAGAGACCGGUCAUCAGGAACCAGCUCCAGUGUGGCUUUUACUCCUCUGCAGGGGCUGGAAAUCGUCAACCCACAGGCUGCAGAGAAGAAGGUGGCUGAAGCUAACCAGAAGUACUUCUCCAACAUGGCAGAAUUCUUGAAGGUCAAGAGAGAAUGGGAAGGGAAGGACUCUGCCUAAAACCAUGCCCCUGGCCACACCUUUUUAAAAUAAGUGAAUGCUCAUUUAAAACGUCAACCAUCGCAGCCUGCCUGGGCCGUUCCUUUAAAGCCGCGUCUUGCAGCCUCUAGAGCGUGCCCUGCUUGCUGAGACUGUGCACCAACCUCCUGCAAUGCCCUGGAAUUGUGUGUAAAUUUUCUUUAUUUUUUAAAUAAAUGUGGUGAUAAAGGUA